AUGGCAGAGUCCUCAACAGGCUGGUGGAAGCUCACUUUCCUCAGGAAAAAGAAAUCCCAGCCAAAGGUUUUGUAUGAAAUCCCUCAAGAGUUUGUGUCCAACUCAGCCACCGGUCAGCACGGCUGCAGCGCAGCCUCAGGAGCUGCAACCCAAACAGAAGACCCAGAAUUGGAAGCCCGACUGGGGAGGAUCGUGGAUAAGACGACAGCCAGUAAGGGGCGCCAUGUCAAGGUGUCACACUCUGGGAGGUUUAAGGAGAAGAAAAGAGUGCGAACCAUACUGGCAGAAAACCCAGACAUGUUUCCUGGAAGCGGCCCUGCCACAGAUGAGAACCAGAGGGCUGAGAGGGGAGAAGACAGUUAG